AUGCAGAGGACAUCUUACACGAGGGCAAUCAAGUACAUCAAAAGAGCGUACUUCAAUUAUGGCGAAGGAAAAGAAGAUGGUAAAGAAUCAGAGAUAGUAUCCGAAACUUCAGAGGCAUCGAGUACCUCUUCCUAUAGGAAUUUUUUAUCAGGUAAUAAAAAUACUCGACCAUCUUCCGGUCACCGUAAUAUUAGAGAAUUCGUGAGUUCCACUUUUACCGGCAUAAAGAAUGUUGUGGGAUCGCCAACCGAUGAAACUGUGAAUUCACGUGAUCCUGUAACACCGACGGAGAUGGAAUCGGAAGAUCAAUCCUCCAUAGAUUCAGAUGAUGACAUACCAAAAUCUCCUAAUGCCUCAAAAAUAGAAAUAUUCAACAAGAGAAUAAGAGAUCUGCAAGAGAGGUUUGAGGAAGGAUUCUUUUCAACUUUUCAUGAUCCUUUUGAACUGAUGAAUGACCCCGUUAUCCAAAACUACCUUCGCAAAAAAUAUUAA